CUGAUCCUGAGCAAGAACAAGAAAGCACACGUCGUGCAGUGAUGGUGCUGAGCCGCUCACAGAAAUAUGAGGCAGAAUUUCAACUGCUCGUCCAGGAGUUUAUAGCGGCGCAGCGAGCAUUGUUAAGAAGCAUAACCUUGUGGAUUGCGAGAUAUACAAAUAUAGAAGUAGAUAUCCUCAAACUCAAUGACUUGUGUCGCGGUAGUACCAUCAGGGGUGUAAAUAUCCUCAAUAUUGAAUCCAUCAAGUAUGAAUAUUCUCAAUUUACACUUUUCUCAAUGAAGAUAUUGGUUUUGUAGGGGAACUUGUAGUGGCUGUGUAGGUUUUAGGACCUGUAUUCUGUUUGGUUGCUUUGGCCACAUACACAUCCUCGCCAGAACUACAAGCUCCUGAUGAUGAAAGUUGCUCAUCCGCAAUAAAAGUAAGAUUUUUGUGAUCGAUGUACCAUCUGGACCUGGUGGAUGGUAUCAACCUUGUCUGCAGUGUUUUACUCCUUCUCUGACAAGGUAUACUUCUUCAUCUAAUUUCCUUACAACGAUGCAUAGAGGCCGAUAAGAAAGGGAGAGUGGAUGGGGCUACUUUGCUAAGAGCGAGGAUGCGCAACCCGUACGCAGCUUGGCUCGAUCCGUUUGUGAUAGACCAACAAGAUGAAGAUAGGCCACCG